AUGGAGUCUCCAACGCGUCCAGUCCUCUGUCCCACCAAAGCGCUUAACCCGGUAUCGCCAGAACGCAUGAAUCAACAAACCAUCCCCGCGUCUCCCUCCCUGCCAUCAGAACUAUUAUCACUACACCACAAAAACAUCAAAGGUGUGUCAGAAGUACAGGCAAAAGUGGCAUUUUUGAAUAGCCUCGCUCGAGCGGGCAGCCCAAGUGCCCAAGCACAAGCAGCAACAAAUAAUGCAGCGCUACAAAGAGCGAUCCUCGGCCGAGAGGAAGCAGAGUCCGCCCUCACAUCAGCCCAAGAAGAACUUUCCGAUGCACAGUCACGAGAACGCCGAAUUAGUGAGCGACUUGAAUCAUUAUUAGAAGAACUCCACGGCACGAAGGAACGACAAGCCCACGAACGAUCGAUUUUCGAGAAAGAAAUCCGCAAGGCCCGGAAAGAAGCCUUCCGUGCAGGCUCAACCCUGGUCAAGCUGCAAGAAGAGCUCAAACAUGCCAAAUCCGAAACGAAAGCUUUGAAAGACGAAGUCGCCACUGAGCGGGAGGCCAAGGACCACGCGAAACAGGAGGCAUUCGAACGCGCAUACGCUUUAGCUGGGCUCACCGAAGAACUGGAGGUCCUCAAGGGUAAACUUCGAUCAAUGGAAGCAGCCAAUCACUCCAAUAAACUAGAAGCUCGAGCCCACGAGAUUCGCAAGGAAGACUUUGGUCGAAUGUCCUUGGCAGAAGGUGAUCUUGCUUUUUUGACAACACCACGCCGACCGAAGCGAGCUGCGGCAGACUCAAUAAGAUCCUCCGCUCAAGAAAGAGAACCUGAAAAUUUUGCCGAGGCCACUCCUCCGAAGCGACUACGUCUAUCAGAGGCUACAUCUCCUGUUGAAGAACAUGUCGCGAACGUCACUGCACCGACAGAACUUGAAAGUGAACUUAUAGACGAGCUUAAGGACGAGCUUUACUUUGAACGUCGUCAAAGAGUCCAGGCUGAAGAAAUGGUUCAUUUCCUGAACAUUGAAUGCCAGUUUGAGAGAUGCUCUUGCCGAGUCGCCGAGAAGGAAGGCCGCCGAUUCAUCUACGAUGUUGAAUACUAUGAAGAGUUCCAAAAGCCACAAUUGGAAGCAGAAGUGAAGGCAGCAGCCCAGGCCGAAGCAGCAGCGCAAGCAAAAGCAGAGGCGCAAGCAAAAGCGGUAGCUCAAGAAGCGGCGGCAGCCCAAGCGAAGACAGAGGCAGCAGCCCAGGCAACAGCUCAAGCAGCGGCGGCAGUCCAAGCAAAAGCAGAGGCACAGGCAGCGGCAGCAGCCCAAGCAAAGGUAGAGGCGGUAGCUCAAGCAAACGCGCAGGCCCAAGCAGAGGCGGAGGCCCAAACAGCGGCUGAGGAAGAUGCAGCUCGGCGAGCCCAGAAAUCUUACCCUGCACCCGAUUUUAGCCAUACCCCUUCUGUGGAACCUCCUGCCCCUCCUCCACACCGACACGGCAUGGAUUCGGAAGCAAAAGUGAAGCACGAACCAACGGAACCGCCUGAGAAGAUGCCCAUGCCCGAGGAACCCCUGGUGACUUUUUCACCGGAGACAGGCACUUUUAAGACGUUCCCAUCACCAAUUCGCGAAAAUGCCAGACCCCCACCUAGACGGGCCGAUGACUUCGCCUCUCCUAGUCUUCCAUACCCUCCAGUUCGACCGCGUGCCGAAUGGAGGGAAUCAUCCUCCUCAAGCGGCCAUGUCCGUUCUUUUACUCCAAUAGAUGAACCUAAAUCGUCUAGAAUGGCGAACCAUGCUCCAUCUGAGCCGGCUUUGAAUGAGAAAACCCACACCCACACCCACACCCACAACCACGCAUCCGCCGAAGUCAGACCUACAAGAACUCGGGAGAGAGAUGAUCCUCAUUCCCAACCAACCACCACCACCACCACCACCAAAAGGGUCCCUCUUCGUGAGCCAAAUGCGCCACAGAACUUGUCUUUUCUCCCAGACCAGCCAAUAAACCGUGAAGAGGCGCUUGCACAGAUCAGAGCCAGACGCGGUAGGGCACGCAGCAAUGUGCGCUCAGUUAGCGCAAAUGAAGCAACCGGUCGGUCCGCAGGUUCUGCAGGAAGCACCGCCAUUACUCCUGGUCGAGGUCCUCGACGUAUCCCAAACCUCCAAACACAAUCUUCAAGAAGUGAGAAUGACGUCGUCGAACGCCGGGAUUUGAGUGCCCCAGUCCGUAUGUUCCGUCGGUAA